AGCAGCCAACUUCACGCAUUCAUCGUAAUUUCUUCCGAUAGCACGCGCAGUUUUCCCACCAUUCAUUAAAAAAAUCGCAUUGCAAAUUAACGGAAACUGAACUGCAGCACGCUAUUCUGCUGAGGCUAACAUUGUGAAAAAACUGAAUACAAUUUAAGAGACAGACGCCGGCAUUGCAAAUAUGUCGAAAACAGAAGGGGCCGCCGUUGAGGCAACCGAGGAGAACUCAAACGAGACAACGUCGGAUGCGGCCACCAGUUCAUCUGGUGAGAAGGAAGCCGAGUUCGACAACAAAAUCGAGGCGGAUCGUAGUAGGCGUUUCGAUUUCUUACUUAAGCAAACGGAGAUAUUUACGCACUUCAUGACUAACAGCGCGAAGAGUCCUACUAAGCCCAAGGGCAGGCCAAAGAAGAUCAAGGACAAGGAUAAGGAGAAGGAUGUAGCCGACCAUCGACAUCGCAAAACUGAGCAGGAGGAGGAUGAGGAGCUCUUGGCGGAGGACUCGGCCACCAAAGAGAUCUUCCGCUUUGAUGCCUCACCCGCCUACAUCAAAAGUGGAGAAAUGCGUGACUAUCAGAUCCGCGGUCUCAAUUGGAUGAUUUCGCUAUACGAAAAUGGCAUAAACGGGAUCUUGGCCGAUGAAAUGGGUCUUGGAAAGACCCUACAGACUAUAUCCUUACUGGGAUACCUUAAGCAUUUUAAAAACCAAGCUGGUCCUCACAUCGUCAUUGUGCCCAAAUCUACACUGCAGAAUUGGGUGAAUGAGUUCAAGAAGUGGUGUCCUUCCCUCAGAGCCGUCUGUUUGAUCGGCGACCAGGAUACACGUAAUACAUUCAUUCGUGAUGUGCUCAUGCCGGGCGAGUGGGAUGUUUGCGUGACCUCCUAUGAGAUGUGUAUCCGCGAGAAGUCUGUUUUCAAGAAGUUUAACUGGCGCUAUUUGGUCAUUGACGAGGCACAUCGUAUUAAAAACGAAAAGUCAAAGCUUUCGGAGAUCCUUCGAGAGUUCAAGACCGCAAAUCGCCUGCUGAUUACCGGUACUCCACUGCAGAAUAAUCUCCACGAGCUGUGGGCUCUGCUUAAUUUUUUGCUGCCCGAUGUGUUCAAUUCGUCAGAGGACUUCGAUGAGUGGUUCAAUACAAACACUUGUCUGGGUGAUGAUGCGUUGAUCACGCGGUUGCACGCAGUGCUCAAGCCUUUCCUGCUCCGUCGUCUUAAGGCCGAAGUGGAGAAGCGACUGAAGCCCAAGAAGGAGAUGAAAAUAUUUGUCGGUCUGUCCAAAAUGCAACGUGACUGGUAUACCAAGGUGCUGCUAAAGGAUAUCGACGUGGUGAACGGGGCUGGUAAAGUGGAGAAGAUGAGACUGCAGAACAUCCUGAUGCAGCUGCGCAAGUGCACCAAUCACCCGUACUUGUUUGAUGGCGCCGAGCCUGGUCCACCCUACACCACAGACACCCAUUUGGUGUUCAACUCCGGAAAGAUGGCCAUUUUGGACAAACUGCUGCCUAAGCUUCAAGAGCAGGGAUCGCGUGUGCUAAUUUUCUCUCAGAUGACAAGGAUGUUGGAUAUCCUAGAGGAUUACUGCCACUGGCGUAACUACAACUACUGUCGCCUAGACGGUCAGACGCCUCACGAGGAUCGUAACAGACAAAUUCAAGAAUUCAACAUGGACAACAGCGCCAAGUUCCUCUUCAUGUUGUCAACUCGAGCUGGUGGUUUGGGUAUUAAUUUGGCUACAGCUGAUGUGGUCAUUAUCUACGACUCGGAUUGGAAUCCUCAGAUGGAUUUGCAGGCUAUGGAUCGUGCUCAUCGUAUCGGCCAGAAGAAGCAAGUGCGAGUUUUCCGCCUGAUCACUGAAAGCACAGUGGAGGAAAAAAUCGUGGAGAGAGCUGAGGUCAAGCUGCGUUUGGAUAAGAUGGUCAUUCAGGGAGGGCGAUUGGUAGACAAUCGUUCUAAUCAGCUGAAUAAGGAUGAAAUGCUUAACAUUAUUCGUUUCGGAGCCAAUCAAGUAUUCAGCUCAAAGGAAACCGACAUUACAGACGAGGACAUUGACGUUAUCCUAGAGCGCGGAGAGGCCAAGACAGCCGAGCAGAAGGCAACACUGGAUAGUCUAGGCGAGAGUUCGCUGCGCACCUUCACCAUGGACACAAACGGCGAGGCUGGUACAUCCUCUGUGUACCAAUUUGAAGGUGAGGAUUGGCGUGAGAAGCAGAAGCUUAAUGCUCUUGGUAACUGGAUCGAACCACCGAAGCGUGAGCGCAAGGCAAAUUAUGCCGUAGAUGCCUAUUUCCGGGAGGCGCUUCGCGUUUCCGAACCCAAGGCGCCUAAGGCUCCACGCCCACCCAAGCAACCCAUCGUACAGGACUUCCAGUUCUUCCCGCCCCGUCUUUUUGAGCUUCUCGACCAGGAGAUCUACUACUUCCGCAAGACCGUUGGUUAUAAGGUGCCCAAGAACACGGAACUGGGCUCAGAGGCUACCAAAGUGCAGCGGGAGGAGCAGCGCAAGAUCGAUGAGGCGGAACCGCUCACCGAGGAUGAGAUCCAGGAGAAGGAAAACCUGCUCUCACAUGGCUUUACUGCCUGGACCAAGCGCGAUUUCAACCAAUUCAUCAAGGCCAACGAGAAGUACGGUCGAGAUGACAUCGACAACAUUGCCAAGGAUGUGGAGGGCAAGACACCGGAGGAGGUUAUUGAGUAUAAUGCUGUUUUCUGGGAGCGCUGCACUGAGUUGCAAGAUAUUGAACGUAUUAUGGGUCAGAUUGAGCGUGGAGAGGGCAAGAUUCAGCGACGACUUUCUAUUAAGAAGGCAUUGGACCAAAAGAUGUCGCGUUAUCGGGCUCCCUUCCAUCAGCUACGUUUGCAAUAUGGCAAUAAUAAGGGCAAAAACUACACAGAAAUAGAGGAUCGUUUUCUAGUUUGCAUGCUUCAUAAGUUAGGCUUUGAUAAGGAGAACGUGUACGAGGAGCUGAGAGCGGCUAUAAGAGCUUCUCCUCAGUUCCGUUUCGACUGGUUCAUCAAAUCUCGAACAGCUCUGGAGCUACAGCGUCGUUGCAAUACAUUGAUUACCCUUAUCGAGCGUGAAAAUAUCGAACUGGAGGAGAAGGAACGGGCCGAGAAGAAGAAGAAGGCACCCAAAGGCAGCGUGUCCGCAGGCAGUGGAAGUGGUAGUUCCAACACACCAGCACCUACGCCCCAACCGAAGGCUAAUCAGAAGCGCAAGAGCGAGGUUGUGGCCACCAGUUCCAGCUCUAAAAAGAAGAAGAAGUAAAGGGGCACAGAGCUAAGAUAUACCUUGAGAUUCGGCUCCACACUCAGCAUUAGGCAGUUAUAUAGUUAAGACAAGCGAUUACUUAAACAUAUUUCACUCGAUAUAGAUACUUAGUUAUUAAAUCACACCGGAAGCGAUUACACAUCAGUCCCAGAAUAUCUUUUAAACUCCCGCCAACGCAUGCAACAAUAUUAUCAUAGCGCGCCGCUGUAUUCUAUUCCAAGUAAUUAAUUGUAUUUUGUUCUAAGAUCGUAACUAUUAUAUUUAUACCAAUAUUGCAACACA